CAUUCCGUUCAAAAUAGUCCAAGAGAUCGAAGAACAUUUGAAUCAGUGUUUUUUUUUUAAAUUUUUAUAUUAUUUUACAAUUAUAUAUUAUACUACGAAAAAAUGGAAAAAAUUCCCAAAAAACGUAUUUUAGAUUUAUUGCAAGUUAUAUCCUUACAGUCAUGUAAAUGCCCAGCUCAUGGAAAUCCAGGAGGUACAACUUUACAUGAAUUAAGGAAAGCUCGUAGUACAGUAGCUAAUGCUGUUCCAGCAAAAGAAUAUGCAUUUGAGAUGGCUUGUUCUACAAUACGAUAUGGUAUUGGUGUUACAAAAGAAUUGGGUAUGGAUAUGCAAAAUUUUGGUUCAAAAAAUGUGUGUUUAAUGACAGAUUCUAACUUAAUAAAUUUACCACCUAUUAAAACUGCUAUGGACAGCCUUACUAAGUAUGGAAUUCAAACUACAGUUUAUGAUAAAGUACGUGUAGAGCCUACAGAAGAAAGUCUGAAAGAUGCUAUUGAAUUUGCUAAACGUGGACAAUUUGAUGCUUUUAUAGCGGUAGGAGGUGGUUCUGUAAUGGACACUUGUAAGGCAGCAAAUCUUUAUAGUUGUGAUUCACAUGCAGAAUUUUUAGAUUAUGUAAAUGAACCUAUUGGUAAAGGAAAACCAAUCACAAUUCCAUUAAAACCAUUAAUAGCAGUACCAACUACAUCUGGUACUGGUUCAGAAACAACUGGCGUUUCUAUCUUUGAUUAUAAAUCACUUAAAACUAAAACUGGAAUUGCUAAUAGAGCUCUGAGACCUACCUUAGGUCUUGUUGAUCCAAAUCAUACAUUAUGUAUGCCAGAAAGGGUCUGUGCUUUUUCUGGUUUUGAUGUGCUGUGUCAUGCCCUUGAAUCUUUUACUGCAAUACCAUAUACAGAAAGAGAUUGUCCUCCAAAUCCAAUUCUUAGACCAGCCUAUCAAGGAAGCAAUGCUAUUAGUGAUGUGUGGGCAAAAUAUGCUCUUCAAAUAAUGCGCAAAUAUUUUAAAAGAGCAGUAUAUAAUCAAGAUGAUCUUGAAGCCAGAAGUAACAUGCAUCUUGCAAGUACUAUGGCAGGUGUUGGAUUUGGUAAUGCUGGAGUUCACCUUUGCCAUGCACUGUCUUAUGCUAUUAGUGGAAAUGUGCGAAGUUUUCAAGCAGAGGGUUAUGGCAAGAAUCAUGCUUUAAUACCACACGGUCUUUCAGUUGUUGUAUCAGCACCUGCUAUAUUUUCUUUUCUUGGACGGGCGUGUCCAGAAAGACAUUUAGAAGCCGCUGAAUUACUUGGUACUGAUAUUAGCCGAGCUAAAAAGAGUGAUGCCGGUCAAAUAUUAGCAGACACUGUAAGAGAAUAUAUGCAAAUGAUGAAAAUUGAAAAUGGUUUAGCCGAAUUAGGAUUCAAAACUGAAGAUAUACCUACGUUAGUUAAGGGCACUUUACCACAACAUCGUAUUACAAAAUUAGCACCACGAGAACAGUCAAAAGAAGAUCUAGCACAAUUAUUUGAAAAUUCAUUUACAGUUUACUAAAAGAAAAAUGUAUCUUAAUAUUGUAUUUUCUUAAAAAUAGUAGAUAAGCUAUUUUUUUUAUUUUUUCUACAUGAAACUUUAUAUACACCUACAAUCUAUUAAAUAAAAAUUACAAUAAAUAUUAUUUCAUGAAAA